UUUUAUGUGAAGACAACAUGUUGAGGAAGUUAGCCUUCAUAACUACUAAUCCCUUUCCACUAUAAAUCUAAACUCCUAGACCUUUACAGAACACUUCCUCCCAAGUUAGCCCUCAUAACUACUAAUCCCUUUCUACUAUAAAUUUAAACUCCUAGGCCUUUACAGACCACUUCCUCCCAACAAUUGUUUUAUAUUCUGUUUCACAUCUAAUUAGUUGCACGUGGCUGUCGAUGGAAGGGGAGGAGGGUGUGAGCGCAUGAAAAGCAGCAGAAAGAUUUGCUUUAGUUGAAAGGCCAUACUAUAGCAGUAAAUAUAAGAUUUUCUUUUCAAGAGUCGAGUUUGAUUAUGGAGUUCAUGAAGGUGCUUUUCAUGGCGAGUUUUUGUGUGAUUGUAUGUGAAGGAAUAAACACUAGAGAGCUUUUCUCUCCAAAACUUUCCAACAAAUCUGUAGAGAGUGCAUGGGAGUGCUUUAAGAAUUUAACAGGCGCGCAGAGAGGUGACACCUCCAAAGCGAUGAUAAUUUUGAAGCACUACUUUCAAAAAUUUGGCUAUCUGUCGAUUUCUGAUGGAGAAAACGUGACGGAGGAAUUUGACGAGAUGACGGAGUCGGCCAUCAAAAUGUAUCAGCAAAACUUCGGGCUGAAGGUGACCGGAAAGCUAGAUGAGCAGACGGUGACGCAGCUGAUGACGCCUCGGUGCGGCCGCGAAGACGUGAUGAAAUUCAACGGAAGCAAGACAGGCAGCUAUGGCAUGAAACAUUACACCUAUUUUCCAGGGAGUCCGCGGUGGUCCGUCAACAGACGGCAUCUCACCUACGCCUUCGACCCUGACAACGAAGUGCCGGAGAUAACACAGACGGACAUGCAAACGGUUUUCGCCAGCGCGUUUCAUCGUUGGGCCGCCGUUAUCCCCGUGACGUUCAGGGAGACGGACGAUUUCCCUUCGGCGGACAUCAAAAUCGGGUUUUUCUACGGAUCUCACGGCGACGGGUAUCCAUUUGACGGUGUACUGGGGAUUCUGGCGCACUCCUUCGCACCGGAGGACGGACGGCUCCAUUUUGACGGGGCGGAGUCGUGGACCGUCAAUCUUGAAUACAACAGUGCGAUGACGGCAAUCGAUCUGGAAUCCGUUGCGACACAUGAAAUCGGACACAUCUUAGGGCUGGGGCAUUCCAGUAUUAAGGAGGCCAUCAUGUACCCUACUCUUCCCGCACGAACCAGAAAAAUUAACCUACAAAAUGAUGACGUGAGAGGAGUGCAGGGCCUUUACGGCUCCAAUCCCAAAUAGAACACCCACGUCUCUUGGCGCCUCAAGUCAAACAGAAACAGAAACAAAAAGGUAAAAAUGUUGAAGGAAGGGGAGGAGGGUGGUAAAUAGCUAUAGCCCAAUUAUAUUGUCGGUUAUUGUGUUAUGCGGUGUAAGUUAUUGUUGUAUUAUGUGACUAUUGUCUAUGGUUAUUGUAUAUUGUAUAUGCUCAUGUCUCUAAAGAGAGGUGGUCAUAACUAAGUAGGUAGUUAAGUGCAUCUUUUUUAUUAUGAUGUUGGUGUGAAAGGGUAUAAGCUUUUGAGUCACAUAGUUAAAGAGAGUUAAAUAUAAUAUAUAUUAUUUUAGAAA